CCUCGGCACACCCCCUGCGAGGCGGCGGCGGCCGGGUGAUCACCAAGCCGGCCCAGUACGUGGGCUCCUUCGUGGUGGACGACGUGGAACUGCAACAGAAAGUUCAGCUGAUCCAUCAGCAGCUUCAGCAGCUGAAGGCCUGCCCUAGAAGGCGGUCCGUCCUCCUCAAAUUUUGUCUCCAGGGCGUGAAGAUGUACAACACGGAAGGGGAGACCCUCCUCAUGGCCCAUGCCCUGAAGCGCAUCCUCUACAGUGGCUGGAGGUCCACCGACUGCCAGUUCGCCUUCGUGGCCCGCAAUCCACGCAGCCCCCACAGCCGGCUUUUCUGCCAUUUGUUCGUCGGCAGCCAGCCGAGCGAGGUCCAGUCUUUGCACUUCCUGCUUUGCCGCUCCUUCCAACUGCAUUACCUCCUGAUACACCCGGAGGAGCAAGACUGGCCCCCCGGGGCCCCCACACCACGGGAGCCGGCCAAGCUGCUGGACAGCCAGGUGGUGUGGGAAUCGCUCAGCCCAGAAGAGGUUUCCCAAAACGUGAAUGCCCUGGUGUCUUUCCAGAGGCUGCCGUGCCCCUCCGAUUUUGGCUCCUCUGUCAGCGUGAGAGAGAGGCUGGAUUUGGAGGAAAGGGGCCGUGUGGGCAGCUCUCGUCCUGGAAACCCGUACUGUUCCCCCAUCCUGGUGCGCAAGAAGGCCAUCCGGAGCAAGAUCCUCCGUUCCGGAGCCUAUCGGGGUUGCACAUUUGAAGCUCAGCUGCAGCAGUGCGCUCGGGAACUCUUUCCCACCAGCUGCGAUGGCAAAGGGGGCAGAGGCAGCCUGGCUCACUUGCUGGACAAUGAGAGCAGCCUGAUGGAGAGCGUCUGGUCUUUUGCUGGCAUCGACAGGGACGCUGGAAUGGCACUGCUAAGAAAGGACAUCCUCGGGGCCUUUCUUCUCUGGGCGGAACCGGGGUCUACCAAUCAGUGGUGUCUUUCAGUGAAGACCCGAUGUGGAGUUAUCCCUUAUCAGAUCUACAGGAGCCAGCUAGGGAAGUAUUCUGUGGAGGAUCUGAAUGUGGAGUUCUCCAGCAUGGAAGCCCUUUUGGACCAUUACUCUGGGAUUCAAGGGGGCCUGUUCUGCUCCCUGGCAGCAGGCCGGAUCAACCACUGCUACGAGGAACAAGACAGCGUGGCUGAGGAUGCGUGGCGGGACGAGCGGAGCCGCCGGCAGGCCUCGUGGCUCCAUGGUGCCAGUAAAUCUCUGGCUGUCCCCCAGGAACUGGGGUAAACACUUGGCAAAGGAGGUCGGGGCUCAUUUCCCCCACUGUCUGUGGCAAAGCCUUCUAACGCUUUUUGUGUCCAAGCUGCCUUGCACGUUUGCUCAUCCGCUUGCCUUCUUGUUCUGACAUGAUGGGUAUUACUCUCUGUAGAGCUUUUUAGCAUCGGUCUUGCCCUGGGAGGUUAUGAGGCUCUACUGCAGUUGCGGCCAACUUGAAGCCCUCCAGAUGUUGCUGGGCGUGAAGUACCGCCUGUUCCCAUUCAGCACAGCCAACGAGGAGCGGACGUGAGAGUUGCAGCCAAACAAUGCGCAGAGAGCCAGAGAUUGCUAAUGGCUGUAAUUAUUUAUUUGUUUGUUUAUUUAUUUAUAUUUGCUGCAUUUCUCCAGCCAGGCAGCUCAAAGUGUUCUACAAGUGCAUUAAAAAAAUCCAUAACA